GCUCCCAUCACAAUCACCCCUCACUCGCUCUAGUCCCAUUCCAAGUCCCCGCUCCCGGAUUCCCGACGACGAGCUCGGAGCUCCUCCUCCCCUGCCCCUGUUCGGUGCUCGAAGCAACAGCUGCCGCCAUGUCUGCCGCCAACCAGCUCGCCGCGCUCAUCCACAACAUGUUCGCCACGGGUUUGCUUGACGACCAGUUCCAGCAGCUCCAGAUGCUGCAGGACCCCAGCGCUCCUAACUUCGUCGCCGAGGUCGUCACGCUCUUCUGCCAGGACGGAGAGCGGAUCAUCGGAGAGCUGGCCAAGCUGCUGGACAAGCCCGUCGUGGAUUUUGACAGGGUCGACGCCUUUGUGCAUCAGCUCAAAGGCAGCAGCGCUAGCGUUGGUGCACUGAAGGUUAAGAACACUUGUGUUCAGUUCCGCGAGUUCUGUCAGCAGAGGAGCAAAGAUGGGUGCCUGAAGACACUGGAGAUGGUGAGGAUUAACUUCUAUGAGCUGCGUGGCAAGUUUCAGACCAUGCUUCAGCUGGAGUGUCAGGUCAACGGCUUCCCUCCCAACAACUAAACCAAAUGGCAGCGCUGAGCUUCAUGUCAGGAUUAUGCAUGCACCUUUCAAAUCUCAAGACAUUCUGAAUGAGCUCCUCAAUUGGCUUGUGGGAAGCCUGUAAUAGCUUAGCAGCAGUAGUAGUGUUAACACCACCGUAGUAGUAUCAUUGUUGUCGCUCCCAAUAAUUUCUCUUAGGAAUCUGCUCAUGGAACCUGGUGGUGAAACAAACUAAAAUGCUAUGGCUAUUGUUUAAUUAUAAUAGGUUGCUGCGUUUGGUAA